AUGGCUUCUCAAGCAGUUAAAUCGCUUUUACUGCUAGGAGUUGUUGUCAUAGUUACAGUACAGGUGUCUGCCAAACUGUUCUAUGUAAACGGUCCUCAAGACAGGAUCCAGGACUGCGUGGACAGCCUGACAGAGCCUGGAGACGAGUGCGUCAUUCAGCCAGGCGUGUAUCAUGAACACGUGACCAUCAAAAACAAGCAAGGCAGUGAGGGCAGCCCCAUCGUUAUCCGUGGUCAUCCACAAGAAGAAACAAAACUAGACGGUACUGUUCCAGUAAAACCAAAAGAUGGAAAAUGGGUUAAAAUGUCCAACGGUGCCUACAAAGCCGUGAUUGACCAAGACAUUUGGCAGCUGUUUAUUGAUGGCAAAAUGAUGACAAACGCCCGCUGGCCAAAUUCCUUAUGGUCUGACAAAACCAUAUUCGACAAUAAGUACUGGGCCCAUUCGUCUACAAAAUCGACUCGCGGGCUUAUGAUUGACAAUGGACAGCACAAGCUGGCCGAGAGUGGCUUGGAUGCGACUGGUGCAAUGGCCGUGUUGAAUGUUGGGAGUUUCUGCACUUUCACUAAAAAAGUAUUAAAGCACAAGAAAGGUAUGGGACUCGGAUAAUUGAUAGUCGUACCACAAUGAAAUAUUAUUUUUACUUUGAAGAAGCAGCAGACUUUUACUGGGGAAAUUAAGUAGAAGAAUGUGUAAAAGAGACAAGCUAAGAUGAUUCAACUCAAACAUUAUGAAUCUCACUUUCAUACACUUUUGAAAAAAUCGAGCCGCCGUUAUUGAAUUUUACCCGACUCCAAUCCACAAUGAAUCUUCUUUAAUUUUACCUGUUCACGCCCCCUUUUAGCUUUUCUUUACGAAUUUUGUUUUCGUCUACACCAUAGUUCUUUAAGUUUUAAGUAUAUUCUCUGAUCAUAAUAAGAGCUUCAGUUGCCAGUUUGAAAUUAAGCUUGAGAGUGACUCAAGAACAAUCAGUAUCGACCGAUCGUUAGCUGGAUCGUGUGGGCAUGGCCGUGAAAAUCUUAAUUCUAACUUACUGCCGUUGUUGUACUUUCAGAAACACCUGACAGGUUUACUUAUGAAGAUGAUUUCGGUUCUUCGUUGAAUUUUAAGCCUAAAAACAACCAAUAUUUCUUAGAAGAUAAACUCGAGUUUCUGGAUAAUCCAGGAGAGUGGUUCUACGACAAAUCAAGCAAAACGUUAUACGUCAUGACUCUAAGUGGAAGCUCGCCUGAAGGAAGUGACGUCAGAGGAAAGGUACAUGGUUGCCAUAACAACAUAUUAUGCAUAUAUUCACUUAAAUGCAUCCAUGACCAGGGUCAACUCGAAAAUUUAGUUCUCAUAUUUUCUGAUCCAAAAAGUAUGACCAGUUUUGUUAUUUAAGACUAUAUUUGGCAUUGAAACUGUUUCAUGUCGUCUGUUGAAACGGUUGGCAAGGAUGGACAUGAAUUGAAACUUGAUGGGCUAAAUUUUGCUUUGCUUGCAAAAAUCACCAAAACAUUAUUAUGGUUGGUGCUCCUUGAUAAAAUUCAUUUGAUUUCUGUUUCAUAACUCUACAAAAGCAUUUUGUGUAUGAGUAAUGACUUUAGCAUAGAACUGACCUAAAACAGCAAUAGAGAGAUUAAGAUUCGCGUUUAUCGCAAACGGCAAACGUCAGACUCAAGUUACGAAUUUCUCAGAAUAGAAAAUAAGCAGAUAAAAACAGUCUUGAACGAUUCCUAUGGUUAAAACUGGCAUAAAACUACUUCUUUUUGUGUAGAAGCAAUAAAAAGUAAACGGAAAUUAAGGGGAAAACUUGGUCACGUGGUACAAAUUCACGUUUGCCGUCUGGCGUAAACGUGAAUCUUAAUCUCUCUAAUAUCGUAGUCGUACCCAUUGACGCGUCAUAGUUUUGCGCGUACUCUAAGACUGUCUUCACACUAUACUGGAUAAGUUUUGGUGCCGAUGCGAAAAGCUAUCUCUUGUAUAGUGUGAACAGCAACGGCCCGGGACUGUAGCAAGUCGUUUACACACAUCGAACAUCGCCCCAGAGUUGUUGGCCGAGAGGGCUUGGUGCAAUAAAUUCGUACUAGUUCUCACUCCUGAAUAUUUACUUAGGUUAAAGGGGUUUCCAGUCCUCGCUUUUAAUAAAAGCGAAGCUUGAAGCGUGAGCGAGCGGAGCCCCAUAGCUAAGAAAAUUUCGUUAUCUAUCCGUCCGUGAAAAUUUGAUAGUCAGUUGAACGAAAGCCCGUAAGCCCGUACGCCAGAAAACUCUUUGGGGGUGGUACUAAGUAGACUCUGCAAGGCCGGGUGACGGGGAAUCCAAGACAUGAAGCAUGAGUUUGUCUUGCCGAAAGAUUAUCCAGUUGGGGGUAGCUAAUGAAGUUUUUCUAGUGUAAGAAAGCCGAUUCUUUCUUUCGACAUGAUUUUUGAUUUUUUCUACAUUGACGUGGAUAAUAGAGAAAGAGCUCCAAAGCGUGGCACAGAAAUAUUCCAUAAGUAACUCUCCCCUUUACAUAUCGGCGCGGCUUCGCUCCGUUACAGAAAUCGCGCCAAAAUCACCGUUCGUGUGAGUGACCAGAAGCCCUAUCUGAUAUGGUUUUGGUGCCGGCGCAAAAGCUCUAAGGUGUGGUUACUGACCUUUUUUUAAUGUCACUCCAUUCAGGUACAAACCCUCGCCUUUACAAUCACCGACAGCACUUAUUUACUCAUUAAAGAUCUGACGUUCUUCGCGACCACGUUGGAUGCCAGGUCAAACAUCGACAAACUGGAAUUAAACUCGCUUCACUUCAAGUUCCCGACAUACAGUCGGCGCAUGCUCCAUGAGACCGACCCUCCUAAGUGGACCAAGGUGUUUGCUGGGCAGGGUAGUAUCAGGAUCUAUAACAACACCUUUUACGGAACAGACGGAAUCGCUCUUGAGUAUGAGGGUGUAAAUGAUACUGUGGAGAACAAUCUGUUUGAGUACAAUGACUGGAGCGGUGCAAACAUGGUCAAAGCACAAGGAGGUAUGAGAAUAAGAAACGGGAGUCAGAGGCAUUUUCAACCCUGUCCUAGCAACGGCGCAGGGAAUCCGUAGAGUAUUUUGACGCCCCCAGGGGUACCGUUCCAUAGUCACGGUGGCCCGUUCAGGUAUAUGAAAGGGUAGGAAUUUCACUAGUCGAAGUGUAUGAAAGGGAAGGAAAGUCUGUGAAAAAAUCGAGAAAAUUUUACGGGGUUUGUAAUUUAUCACUCAAAUCAAGAGAGAAUGAGCUAGCUCGCUCUUGUCCAUAUUUAUGAGACAAUUCAUUCACAGUAGUCAUUUUAAUAACUGAUGUAAAAAUUCUAAACUAGGUUUGUGAAAAGGGUACUCAUUCGUCAAUGGAAAUUAUACGAAAAUUAUGGGUACCUUUUUUGUCAAAUAUGGUAUAUAAAAGGGAAAGGGGCUGGACCUCGGGGCGGAGUCUCCUCGUAUAAAACUUUGUAGAGUACACUCCCCAGGUUUAUCUCAUGAAAUAUGAUAACAUUUCGUAAACUUUGGGGCCCACCGUAUUUACGAUGGUGAGAGAAGCAAGAUCCCCGUAAGAUUCGUUGUUCAUAUUUCUUUUCAUUCUCUGUCAACGUGGUGCCCAACGCUCCCUUCACAAGUGGACAGAUUUCCCUUAAGCAGUAACGCCCGAUUGCCAAGUUUAAGGUUUUUUCUUUACUUUAUUAUUUGUAGGGGCUGGAACGGUGGUGUCUCAAAGCCGUGGCGACAAAUUCAUUAGAAAUACCCUGCGGAACAAUGGAGCUAGCGUUGGAUUCCGAACCGGUUACGCAUCCAAAGCAAAGCUAAACGACAUCAGCCGAACUUGCUGGGGGAUGCUGCAACACGACGGUGCAGGGAUACAGUCUCAAAUAAAGCGCCAAACUAACCUUGUUAUGGAACAAAACUGGGUUUAUGACAGCCCCAAAUAUGGACUUCGCUUUGACGGAGGCCCUCCUAAGAUCGGAAGACACGGUACUAUGAGAAGAAACGUGAUCCGGAAGACCAAUGGGAUGAUGGUGAAAGGUGACGAACAUACGGUCGAUCAUAACUUGAUUUUCCACAAGUUUACCAAGUCUGGUGAUCACGAUGGACAGGGAAGUAAAUGUAACUUGUGUGUUCUNCAAGAUCCCCGUAAGAUUCGUUGUUCAUAUUUCUUUUCAUUCUCUGUCAACGUGGUGCCCAACGCUCCCUUCACAAGUGGACAGAUUUCCCUUAAGCAGUAACGCCCGAUUGCCAAGUUUAAGGUUUUUUCUUUACUUUAUUAUUUGUAGGGGCUGGAACGGUGGUGUCUCAAAGCCGUGGCGACAAAUUCAUUAGAAAUACCCUGCGGAACAAUGGAGCUAGCGUUGGAUUCCGAACCGGUUACGCAUCCAAAGCAAAGCUAAACGACAUCAGCCGAACUUGCUGGGGGAUGCUGCAACACGACGGUGCAGGGAUACAGUCUCAAAUAAAGCGCCAAACUAACCUUGUUAUGGAACAAAACUGGGUUUAUGACAGCCCCAAAUAUGGACUUCGCUUUGACGGAGGCCCUCCUAAGAUCGGAAGACACGGUACUAUGAGAAGAAACGUGAUCCGGAAGACCAAUGGGAUGAUGGUGAAAGGUGACGAACAUACGGUCGAUCAUAACUUGAUUUUCCACAAGUUUACCAAGUCUGGUGAUCACGAUGGACAGGGAAGUAAAUGUAACUUGUGUGUUCUUAGGUAAGUUAUUCGCCACUUUAGAAAAAAGAAGGAGACUGGCGCCGAAAUAUUCCUGGGAUCGUUACUGACGUGUCGGUCAGCUAUUGGCCAAUUUUUUUUUUUAUCCCUAUUAACAGUCCCAGAAGUCUUUGCGAAAGUUAACUCGCUUUCCUUCUCGUUUAUUAUUAAGUGAAAUGUAGCUGAGUUCAGUGUAAUUUGUUUAACCCUUUAAUCCUUAAUAUCCACAAACAAAUUCUCCAGACUAAUCUACAUACAUUUCCUUAAUGAAUUAGUUGAGAUAAUUUGAUGAAACAUCAAAGCACUUUUCCCCUCGGUGAUAACUUUUUUAAACUCUAAUGAACUCCCAUAACUCUGGAACUGGAGGUGGAAUUCAAUUUUUUUUAAGUCGAUCGUUGCAAUCUCCCGCCCUUUUCUCUCCCUAGCUGCUAUUCCAGACGUUUAGAUAUUAAUUAAAGGGUUGUACGAAAUGAAGAGUGGAGAAAAAAAGGAGGGAAAAAGGAAGAAAAAGAAGAAGAGUGGAAGUAAAGGAGUUCCUUCUCCGUCUCUACCUGCGACCCCCCCCUCCCCCCUUCUCCAUCCACCCUUUGCUGUUUUUUCCUACUCAAUUUUUUCUGCGCCGUCAGUGCUAUCUGAAAGACUGAGCAGACUAUUCAAAACCCACCUCACCCUCCCCCCCGGUGGUUGUUCGCCCGGGCCAUCUUGUUCAGAAUAAAAGGUGUUUUAGCUCAAGACUACAAUCUCCCCUCAGAUACGUGAGGCAAAACCCUAUUGCAAUCAAUCACAACACGGUGGUGGAGUACAAUGCAGCAGAUAUCGCCAAUGGCGGGGUGCAUAACAAGAAACUUUAUCCCAUGAGUGAUAAACUCCUAGGAAACGUCAUAGGAGAUGUGCGAAAACAGCUAAUGGACCCAGAUAACAUGGACUUCAGACCAAAACAGGGUUCGUCGUACAUUCAAGACGACGUAGGACCUUAUAAUUACGAAGAGUCGAAAACCAAAUACUGGAUACCAGGCAGAAUUCAGUACAAGGUAACAGGGGGCCGUUUUUGUCUAAUAUCCUGUGGAUUUAUUUAUUAUUAUGCUGUCAGUACACGGUAAUCCUAAAAGCUGCUGGGCAGUUGUUUUCUGUGGUACGGAUUAUUCCUUAUAAGGUCUUUAUUUAACAAAUUGACAACAAUUUUCCUUCGUUUGUAUUACUCGUUCAUAGAAAUUAGGAUCAUUGUACGACCUUAUACGUUUCUGGGACACUACCCACCUCCCCCUUCCCUUAAGCCAACAUUAACACUUACUUCUCACUUAGGGCAAAAUUUUGGCUUACGGGAGGGGUAGGUGGGCAGUUUCCCAGAAACGCAAAAUGAUCCGAAAAUUGUUGUCGAUUUGUUUUUUACCAUAACACUGACAAUUUUCGUAGCCUGGAUACAGUCGCCCCCUCCCCUCAUAACAUAAAUUGGACUAAGGGGAGGCUAUAUGCAAAAUAUCAUUUUCAUUGAAGUUAUGUGGAAAAAUUGUGCUCAAGAAAGGGAAACGCACUCGCGCCAACACUCGUCAUUUUCAUGGUCUAUGCGCAUGCUCAGAUCGAUCAUUGCUCUCGACCAAUCAGCGCGAGAGAAAUCCUUUGUCAAUUUCUCACUUUUCCAAUGCUAAUUUAAAUUUUCCUUUCUGGCAAUUCAAGGCCAGCAAUCCUGUUCCACCGGACGGCGCCACUAAAGUAAAAGCAGCCAGCAGAAAUGUGCUGAUGUGGCUGAACAGCUUUGGGGGUAGAGCCCAUGUACUCUACCUGGGUACCUCUCCAAAUGCCCUGAAACAACAGGGUGUGGCCAGAGGUGAGCAGAACGUAGUGAAGUUGAGGAAACCGUUAGAAAGCGGCAAGGAGUAUUUCUGGAGAGUCGAUACCAGGAUUAACAACAAGGUUACCUAUAAAGGGAAUGUGUGGUCGUUUAAGACCAUCUAGAAUUGAGUUGUUAGAUGGAGAGAGGUUUGUUGGUGUUGGGUGAAAAUGCUACCUUUGAAAUAAAGAUGCUGUAAAAAAAAUAAAUAAAUAAAAGGAGAUAACAUGGACUUCAGACCAAAACAGGGUUCGUCGUACAUUCAAGACGACGUAGGACCUUAUAAUUACGAAGAGUCGAAAACCAAAUACUGGAUACCAGGCAGAAUUCAGUACAAGGUAACAGGGGGCUGUUUUUGUCUAAUAUCCUGUGGAUUUAUUUAUUAUUAUGCUGUCAGUACACGGUAAUCCUAAAAGCUGCUGGGCAGUUGUUUUCUGUGGUACCGAUUAUUCCUUACAAGGUCUUUAUUUAACAAAUUGACAACAGUUUUCUUUCGGUUUGUAUUACUCGUUCAUAGAAAUUAGGAUCAUUGUACGACCUUAUACGUUUCUGGGACACUACCCACCUACCCCUUCCCUUAAGCCAACAUUAACACUUACUUCGCACUUAGGGCAAAAUUUUGGCUUAGGGGAGGGGUAGGUGGGCAGUUUCCCAGAAACGCAAAAUGAUCAGAAAAUUGUCGUCGAUUUGUUUUUUACAAUAACACUGACAAUUUUCGAGGACAAUUUUCGUAGCCUGGAUACAGUCGCCCCCUUCCCUCAUAACAUAAAUUGGACUAAGGGGAGGCUAUAUGCAAACUAUCAUUUUCGUUGAAGUUAUGUGGAAAAAUUGUGCGCAAGAAAGGGAAACGCACUCGCGCCACCACUCGUCAUUUUCAUGGUCUAUGUGCAUGCUCAGAUCGAUCAUUGCUCUCGACCAAUCAGCGCGAGAUAAAUCCUUUGUCAAUUUCUCACCUUUCCAAUGCUAAUUUAAAUUUUCCUUUCUGGCAAUUCAAGGCCAGCAAUCCUGUUCCACCGGACGGCGCCACUAAAGUGAAAGCAGCCAGCAGAAAUGUGCUGAUGUGGCUGAACAGCUUUGGGGGUAGAGCCCAUGUACUCUACCUGGGUACCUCUCCAAAUGUCCUGAAACAACAGGGUGUGGCCAGAGGUGAGCAGAACGUAGUGAAGUUGAGGAAACCGUUAGAAAGCGGCAAGGAGUAUUUCUGGAGAGUUGAUACCAGGAUUAACAACAAGGUUACCUAUAAAGGGGAUGUGUGGUCGUUUAAGACCAUCUAGAAUUGAGUUGUUAGAUGGAGAGAGGUUUGUUGGUGUUGGGUGAAAAUGCUACCUUUGAAAUAAAGAUGCUGUAAAAAAAA